AUAUGUACGAUGUUCAUGCAUUAUCACAUUGAUAAAUUUCAGUAGUGUAAAUUGAGAUCGUAUUUAUUCAUUUGUUUAAAAGAUUAUACACAUUGACGUCAUAAGUAUGAAACAAAUCUCCUGCAAAACUACUUUUUUGCAUAGAAAAUAUUACAAUUAAAAAUGGUCAUACAGCUGUGGAACUCUUAAACCACAUUCCCAAUUAACUUUAACUGAAAGGGCCACAUACUCUGCAUACAGUACCACAUUUCCUAAACACGGGCUUAUAAUAUUAAAAAGUCGAUUUGUGUGAAAUACACACACACACAGGUAGUAACUAUCUGGCUGUAUGACUGUCCUAAGACACAAGUUCUACGGAGCUGGGAUGAAUGCUUGGGACAGCUAGAGAGAGGGGACGCUUCCUUUGUGUGGUGAAGGCAUGAUCAAGUUUGUCUCUUUCAUUUCAUCUUUUAUUCCUAUUUGCAUUGUGCAAUCAAACUGUUGCACAUUAACCGGUCCCACUUCCCAGCUCAGUCAAUCCGUGUUCCAACUGUACAUUAAAAGAUCUGUAUUUGCUUACUUUGCAGCUUUCACCAUUUUUAGCUUCAUAUCCGUUCGAUCAGGAGUUAACAUUUAAAAGAAGAAUGCAUGUGAUUGCUCAAAGGAUUCUUUUUUGUUUAAUUGUCUUUAAUAGGAAAUAAUGUAUAAUUAUAAUUUUCUGGUCCACUGCGAUAAGACUGUAUAUUCUGAUGCAAAUGGGAAAUGUCAUGAAAAUCCAUAUGCCACAUGUCAAAAAGCCAAAACUGGCUCAUGAGACUUAGUCUCAGGAUUACUGGUAUAUACUUUUACAAGUGGAGGCAAGUUCGAGUUCAGGUUUAAUUAUCAUUUAACCAUACACGAAUACUCGUGAAUACAGCCAAACAAAACAGUGUUCCUCCGUGGCCAAGGUGCAAAACAAAACAGAGGUUGACCACCGAUUUUCUGGUACCCUCAGUUCCUGAGCCUUGUCAGAUUAAUGUUUUUGCGGAUUAAUGAUCACGCAAUAAUGAUGGCAAAAAUGGACCAUAGAAGCUAAAAAAGGAUUAUUAAUUAUACAAGAAUUAAAUGUAAGUUUAUUAAUUACUGUGCUUACAAAGAAUGUUGUGUCUUGGUUAUCUUUUUAAACAUUUCAUCCAGGCGAAGUUGCUUCAUGUGUUUUGAUCUCUCCCUGUGUAAUUUUUCUUGCAUCAAAUACAAAUUCAUUAGCUCUGGUUCAUUAGGAAAGUACGUCUCUCUAGCUCUUUAAUUAAAUCACCCAACAACUCAAUCAACUUGUCAAUAGUACAUAUUUUGGCUUCAUCAUCAUCGCUGCCAUCUUCAUCACUUGUAGAUUUUUUAUCAGCAUUCAGUACACUGUCUAUGACUUCUGAUGCUGUAAGGUGAUGCACAACAGGUGUUUUGUCAUUGACAAUCAACCACUUAUGUCGACUUUCAUCAUUAAGGCUACUUGCUAUGUCUUUGAAAGCAGGUCCUGUAACAGUUUUUGGAUCCUCAAACAAACCAUGAGCAACUACUUUCUCCUUUGGUACAUGAAAUCCUGUUAAAUCAUUAAGCUUUUCUUCAGGUGCAUGAUCAAACUUCAAGGCAGGCCACAACUUAUGGUUGUACCUUCUCCCACCCUCGAACAAUGAACCAAAGAAUGUCUUUCGUUAAAUUCUUUAAUAAAUAUCUCUACAGAACUGCUAGCAUUCACCUCAUCUAACAGAUGUUUCAUGAAAAGUGAGUGAUUCUUGGCCUCGUAAUUUCAUCCGAAUUAAAAGAAGUGCCCAACCAUCAGUUUCCAGGAAAUUGGUGGUCAAUCUGUACCAAUAAUCAUACACAGCACAAGGCAUAUUUAACACAUUUAAGAUAGUAGUAAGCAUACAAUGCUUUACAUUUUAAAAUGAAUACUUUUCAUAAUCAUAUUUGAGUAUUUUUAUAACAAAACUUCACUAAGGCACUUUGUAAAGGGGGUUUGUUGGUAGUGAUGUAUGUCCUUUAGUCCAUCUGAUGUCCAUCAGUUAACAGAUAAGUUGUGCCCUUUUUGAACCCAUCCUGUUCUCUGGGAUCUUGGUAUGUUCUAAUCACCAACACCUGAUUAUGGAUAGUUCCUAUUAUUGGAAAUGUAGCAGACUUUUGUCUAAACAAAAACCCUCGUUCACCUGUUUCAUGGUUUUCUGCUUAUUAAUAAUGCCAUAGGAAAUUAGGUUAUUGUUGUUAUUCACCUGUAUUCUGCAUUGAACCAAAUAUAAUUUCUAAUUGAUUUUAAAAAUGCUUCCAGUAAACCCUCUCUCUCUUUGCUGUCUUUGUUCAUUUGCUUCAGCUAAAAGGGAAGGGAGCCUUGGCUGUUGGAGAAAUGGAACUCUCGGUAGCUUUUGCUCUUAGUUCAUUUUAUGAUCAAUAACCUCCAGGUGCAUGCAAUUCCUAUUGGUCAUACAAGCAGCAAAAAUGCACUACCUGCUGGUUGCCAAUUAACUAUUACAAUAUAAGAAAUCUGACAGCAAGUCUGGAGGAAGCACAUAUUCAAAUAAUCAAAGAAAUUAAGAAACCCUUGCCAGGGAGGUUCAGAUCUUUCAUACUGUGUAUGAGCACAAUUCGACCACAGAGUUAAGAAUAUUAAAUGAGCAUACAGUACUUAAAUCUGAUGAAUCAUAAAUCAGGUAACACAGAAUAGAAUAAAGAUGUUAGAACUGAGAAAGGAUUAAGUGAGAGAGACAUAAGGGUGAAAGAGGAGAAUUAAAAACUUGUAAUUUUAAAAUUUCUAACAUUAAUUUCCUUCUGAGGGAAAGCAGCCCCACUUAUGUAAAAUUGUUUUUUUUUCAAAGCCAAAGAAUUUGUUUGGUGGUACUUGUCCAUCACCAAACAACUAACAUUUGAUAGAUAUCUGAAUGCAAGGAAAUUGCUAACAGCAGUUUCUAGACUUUAAGGAUUAUUUACCAAUGGGUGCUGAUAGCCUCACUUAUAGUAUAUUCGUUGUCAAAUGCAGCCAUCAUUUAGACUCUGCAGUUUAUCAUUUCCCAUGGCAUUUAAUAGUCACUUCAACGUUGUGUCUGGUAUCGGUUGCACUUGUCUUCAAUUCACAAUCACAACUCUAUGAUUCCUAUCUGGUAGAUCUGACAGAUUUAAUUUAAUUUGCAUAUUGGCAUAUCAAGCUUUUGAUCUCUUCCGUGUCCUUGACUUAUGGAAUAAAAGUUGAUUAAUAAUUUUUUCAGCUGAGGGGUGACUAAUGAGGGUUUAGGCAACACACACAAGUAGCUAUAGCCUCAAUUACAAGACAUACUGUAUAUUAUUGUAUAUGGAAACUUCUGCCUCACAUGAAAGUCAACUGAGUUAAUGGAACUAAUGGAAGUUGAAUAAGUAAUCAACAUCAUUCCAGUUUGGAUAUUAUGAGAAGCCAUUACUUAAAAAGUGUACGGUAAUGAUAUAUGAUUUGAUGCCUUCUACAGACUGUGCUGGGUUCAGGAUUUAUGGUGGAAGAAUUACAACUUAAGCGUAUUACAAAUAUGAAAGAAAAUCAAUCUAUAAUCACAGUUAUGAAUUGUAGGGAGGCUGGGAUUUUUAAAGGUUCCCAUUCUUGACAUGACUAGGAGAAGCAUUUGGGGAAAAGGUGUUGGUCAGUAAAUUAAUUUGUUUCUACUCAGUAUUCUAAGGGAACCCUGGUGCAACCAGAGCAACAUGGUUUGUUUGUGAGGCUGAAAAAUUGGCCAAUAGGGGUAAAGUUCACCAAUUUAUUAAAAUCUCUGGCAGAGUUUUGUGUCUUGCGUGCAAGUCUAAGGAUCAAGUUAGCCUUUGACCUGCAAUAUUUAUUAAUAAUUUACUCCCAGUAACAGAUGCAAAUUCAUGUAAAAACAUUAAUAAUUGUCUCCAAGUACAUCCUCUUGUUACAACACUUGAUAUACAAACAAGCAGCUUCUGAUGUUCAAAAGCACUGAAUGGAAAAGGGAAGGUGUUAUUGAAGAAGGCACUCUUGCUUAUGAGAACUGGAUACAGACUGGGAGUCCAGUCUACAGGCAGUUCUGGCUGUUCCAUGUGAAAAAUCCAUCAGAGAUUAUAAAUUCUGGUGCUAAACCUAUGGUUGAGCAAAGAGGACCCUACACCUACCGAGUGCGGUACCUGCCGAAGAGCAAUGUUACGAUGAAUGAUAAUUACACGGCUUCAUACCUCCAGCCCUAUUCAGCCAUCUUCGAGCCCACCAUGUCAGUGGGGUCACCAACAGACAGACUGACAGUCCUCAACCUUAUUGCUGCGGGUGCCCCAUCCCUUGUUCCCCCAUUCUGGCACGGAAUCAUCAAUAGUGUCUUGAGAAAAGCAAAUGCCUCCCUGUUUCAGAACAGAACAGUGGAGGAGUUACUUUGGGGAUAUGAAGAUCCUAUAUUGAAACAGAUGAAUGUACGAGACUCAAUUACUGGUGUAUUUUAUCCGUACAAUGGAACAGCAGAUGGAUACUAUAAUGUGUUCACUGGUAAAGAUCACAUUCACAAAGUUGGCGUCAUUGACCGCUGGAGAAAUGAGAAGAAACUUCCUUUCUGGAAUGACCGUUACUGUGAUAUGAUCAAUGGCACAGAUGGAAGCUCGUUUCCACCAUUUCUUCAUAACGAAAAGAAAAUAUAUUUUUUCUCUUCUGACAUUUGCAGAUCCAUCUAUGCCGAGUAUGAACAAAAGGUAUCACUGAAGGGAAUUCCUGUCCAUCGUUUUGUUAUCCCUCCGAAGGCUCUUGCAUCCUUUGUUGGGAAUCCUGACAACCACUGCUAUUGCAAAGACAUGACGAUAUCAAAAAACUGUACUUUUUCAGGAAUCUUGGGAAUUAGCUCCUGCAAAGAGGGAAAACCAAUUUAUAUUUCACUCCCUCACUUCCUGUAUGCUAGCGAUGAACUUGUUAACUCAAUUGAUGGAAUGAGACCCAACAAGGAGGAACAUGAAACCUUGCUCGAUGUGGAACCUGUUACUGGAUUUUCAUUAAGAAUCGCUAAGCGUAUACAAAUCAACUUAAUGUUUAAACCUUCAAAGACAAUUAAGAUAUUACAGAACAUUAAGGAGCCAACAUAUUUUCCAUUGCUCUGGCUUAAUGAGACGGCCACUGUUGAUGAUGAAACAGCAAAGACGUUCAGGGAAUCAUUAAUAAUGCCCAUGAGAGCACUUGGAAUUGCUCAGAUAACUCUGAUAUGCAUUGGAAGCCUGCUUUUUGUUUCAUUUGCAAUUGCUCUUUGUGUGACUUCGAGGACCAAAUAAAUAUCUAUGACGAAGUUCAGAGUACAAUAUUUCAUCAUGCUUCAAACAUUGAACAAGAUGAACUGUUAUGUCUCUGUUUUGAUUCUUUGCAGAGCAGCUUAUAUGCUGAAAACUUAGCAGAUUUUAAUCUUUGAUAAUUUUUGUGGUAAUUGUCUAAAACAAAAAUAUGCAUAGAAUUGCAAAAAAAAAAAUUCAAGGAGAGCUCUUGAAUUAGUGGCAAAAGAACAGGGACUUGAUGUAAAAUGUAUUGGCCAGCCUGAGUCAAAACUUUGUCAACUUGCAAUAAAAGCAUCUCAUCGUCAACAAGUUCAGUGCAUCUGUGGAACAACGCAUGCUAUGAGCCAUGCAAAUGCAUUCGAUUUUUGGCGGUGUGCUUGGAUGCAGUGGUCGCUCUGGGUCCAACCAAAGGUGUACUUGUUCGUCCUUUAUGUAUUUUAUACAAUUGUAAAACAGUGCUGCAUAUUAAGUACAUCAAGUACUGCAGGGUUACCCCGUCAGCGAGUAGCUUGAUAUCUGAGGAGCUGGACUUAGUCUGGAACAUGUUGCUGUCUGCAUCAGAAUCAGAAUCGAUGUGCGAAGGUGGUGUGCAGUCUGACAAACAGGGUGAGAGAUUGUUUUGGACAUUUUUCUUGCGAUCGCAGGACCCAGUUGGCCAUCGGUAGUGCAGGAUGCUGCAAAGCUGGUUCAUCCGCGAGGCAGAUGGCGGAGGGAGCUGUGUGGCCUCAGAUGUCGCACGGGACUGGGCCUCCUGACGCAGGAUCACCUGCUGCCCGGGGAGAAGAUGGUGGCGUGGUGUCCAUGCUGGUUUGGGAGUAGGCCUCUCCUGUCAGUGCUGCCCUCCAGUGUUUGCCUGGUAGAAGACAGGCUGGACUGUGUUCAUCCACAGCAGCACUGACUGAAUAUCGGACUCCUGAGAGCUUGUUCUUGCCGACAACAUCUCGUGCACCAUCAAUCUGCAGGACCUAACACUCAGGGACUUGGGGUAUAUUGAUAUUAUGUUUGUGUGACUGUAUACCUGCUGCUGUCAUAAUUAUAUAUAAUACUUGUGCUCUGAGCUGCGUAUGACUGUUGAUACUGUGUUUUGUACUUUUGGCCCUGGAGGACCUCAGUUGCAUUUGGCUGUGUUCGUGGGCAUUCGUGUAUAGUUGAAUGACAAUUAAACUUGAGACUUCAGUAUGAAAACAAUCUUCCUGAAAAGGAAUUUUUUGUAAUGAACUAUUCUAAAAGUUGCUUUUCAUCUUUCUCCUAAUAUUUUUCACUUGUAGACACAACAAUAGGAUUUUUUUCCAUGAGAUAGACAAUUGGAUGAAAAAGAUGAUCCAUCCCUUACAUUUUGAGGUUACCAUUUCCAAAUAAAUGUAGAAUAUUAACCCCAAAGACUACAAUGAAUCCUUGUUAUAUUCCUGAAUAGUUCAAACAUUGUUAAAUAUCGCACUGGCCAUUUAAGUAAAAGCAAUUGUUAAAUUGAUUUGCAUUUAUGAACAUGAUAUAUUAAAUUAUGAAUUUUCCUGUUGCCAUGGGGAUAAUUUCUUUUAGUAUAAAACAAUCAGCCAUCUUGAUUGAUCACCCUAGUUUUUUCAAGACCAGCUUGAUUUAACAUCACUUUUUAUCUCUAAGGGCAACUUAAAUAGAAGAAGGACAAACUCAGUUUAAAAUAAGGAAUAAGUGGGCCAUGUAAAUUAAUGCAACUGCUACACUUCUCUCAGAAAAAUGUAAAUAGCAUUAUAUUGAACUUCAAUGAUAGUUGAAAAGAAUCCCAGUCAGGUCAGAUCUCAUUAUCCCUAAGAAUCAAAGAUGAAAAUAAAUUUGAUUGUUAAUCAUAAGUUGGAACAAUUUGAUUCAUACUGGGAAAAAUGGUUUAACUACAUAACAUCUCUUAGGCCUGAUUUUAUUCUCACAAAUCAAUGAAUAUGUUGUAAGAAAAAAGAUCACUCCCUACUUGAACAUAGUUCUCUCCUUUUGCUUGUUUUUUCUUUCUUCUCUUUUCUAUAAGUGUAUACCUCAGAUAAAUAUUAUACAGAGAUUUGUGGCAUAUAUGACUAUGUGAUAUAUAUGUACAAUAUCUGAAAUACAUCAUAUGGAAAUGCUUGUUUGAUGAUGAACAAUAAAAAAAUAAAUUAC